UUUGAUAAAUAAAACGUUGACGUGUUAUUUACAAAACAAUUAGUUGAAACAAUUUCCAAUCUGAUAUUCUGGAACCUCGAGAGGAACCCCAAUUCAACUAUUUCUCCGUCUUCAACUUGCGAAAGAAAUGGCAACAGGUGGAGCUGCACCCGAACGAGGAACUGCUGCCGCUGCUGCAGCUAAUCUUCGGAGGAGGAGAACAGGUGGAGGUGGAGGUGGAGCGGGUGGUGGAACUAGUGGGACCAUGCUUCAGUUUUAUACCGACGAUGCCCCAGGGCUUAAGAUUUCUCCAAAUGUUGUUCUUGUGAUGAGCAUUGGUUUCAUAGCUUUUGUUGCUGUACUUCAUGUUGCGGGCAAGCUCUACUUUGUCCGCAAGGAGUAGAAUGUGCUGUUCGUCUACAUACUGAAUUCUGGGCGUGGAAAAACUACUGUUUGUUCUAAUUUUAUUUUGGUGAACUUUGAGAAAAACUAAAAUUUUGCAUAAAGAAGAUUUGUCACAAUGUUCAA